AUGGCGGUUACGCAGCAUCCAGCAGCCUAUAAAAUCUUAGUUUUAGGUGAUUCUAAUGUUGGAAAAACGUGUAUCGUUCACAGAUUUUGUGAUGAUAAGUACUAUGAUACUUAUAUCUCAACGAUAGGUAUUGAUUUUAAGCAGAAAAUAAUAGACUUAGAUGGCACUAAAGUCAAAUUACAGAUAUGGGACACAGCGGGGCAGGAGCGAUUUCGCACGCUGACGACGGCCUACUACCGCGGCGCGAUGGGCAUUCUUCUCAUGUACGACGUCACCAACUCCGAGUCUUUCCUGCAUCUGUCGAUGUGGCUUCGCAGCAUCGACGAGAAUGCUUCGCCGAAUGUCGCCAAGGUUUUAGUGGGAAACAAAAGUGAUAUGGAAGGCCACCGAGAAGUGAGCAAAGCCAGAGGAAAAGCUGUAAGU